UCAUACUGGAUGGAUAUGUAACUCAUUAUUUCUACAAGGUAAAUUGAGGUGUUUCCGUCAUGUGACGUGCGCGCUAACCUACAUGCAUAGGCCUAAAUCUUUUGCUCAAUUCCAAAAUUUGGCAAAAUGGCGGAUAAAUGUAUGUUGAAAGUUGUUAUUUUUAUGUAAUGCAUAAAUAAUGCACUUACGUACUGAGUGUAAAAUACACUUUCGUUACUCACCAAUGGUAACAAAAUCGAAACACGUAUAUGAUCGGAGCGCCUAAUCGUCGGACCUGGAAAACCGAGGGGGUGGGGAUGUGACGGUGCCUAAGCGUGAUAAAGGUACCCCUACACAGUUUCCCCCUAAAGUGUAACAAAUGCAUUUGUGACUUCUCUCGUUAAUAACGAAAUACACACGAAGAAAAGUCUUCCGCGAGAAAGGAAAAUUGAUGUAAAUGUAUCAAAUUAAAAUUGUGAAUUUGACAAAAUGCGAUAUUAGAGGAAAGACGUUGAGUACAUGGAAGUGUCUGGCAAGAUGUGCAUUGUGGGUGCGGAACAGUCGGCGCUGAAGCCUCAUUUACCAUGUGGACACCAAGCAGUGAGGGUCGUGGCUGCUCCUUGUAGCAUUGCCUUAGUGAUGGUGUUUAAGUGACAACUAAUACUGCAGUGUGCUCUCAAAUAACGUGUUGUGAUUAUGUGCUGGUGAAGGUCGUGUGUUACCCAUCAAGGAAUACAGACGUGACAAAAUGAUGGAUCAGCAACAAUUUUGCCUGCGGUGGAAUAACCAUGGGUCAACUCUGGUGGCUGUUUUUGACAACUUGUUGGCCAGCGAAUCCCUGGUGGAUGUUACACUGUUUGCCGAGGGUCGUAUGCUCAAAGCACACAAAGUUGUUUUAUCAGCAUGUUCUCCAUACUUCCAGACACUGUUUGCUCAAACUACAGAUAAGCACCCCAUUGUGAUAUUAAAGGAUGUAAAACAUAAUGAACUCAAGGCUUUGUUGGAUUACAUGUAUCGGGGAGAAGUAAAUGUCUCUCAGGACCAACUAGGACCACUAAUAAAGACAGCGGAGUCACUUAAAAUUAAAGGUUUGGCUGAUGGUAGCAAUAAGAUUGAAGCAGAGUCACAUAUUACACAUCCCACGAGCCAUGACCGGCUAAAGAUAGAAAACUCGCAUCCUGAAGUUACAGGUGGUCGUUCAGGUCUAGAUGCCUUCCCCCUUCCCCCUGUCUCUGUUCCUUCUGUGUUGUCUACUGUCCUGACAAUGCCGCCAGCACUGAGUUUGGCAUCAUCAAAUUUGGUUGCUCCUAUUAAAUUACCUAACCUAGCCACCACAACAGUGACGGAGCCUUCUACACGGGAGGAUGGCGAUUCUCCUCGUGCAAAACGUAGGAGAAAAAUCCGGCAAAAAUCUGGCGAAGGUGGUGAAAGUGGGGAUAGUGAUGGCAGAUCAUCUGGUUCACCGGGGGACAGUAUUCACUUCCCCCGUAUUCCAGCUACAAUUACUCCUAUACCACUUCAUCCUAUUCUCCGUGACCAACAACAACAACAGAAAGAAAGGGAGCGAGAACGUGAACGAGAGCGUGAUCGAGAACGGGAGCGCGAUAGAGAACGAGAGCGCGAUCGAGAAUGGGAGCGAGAACGUGAACAUGAACUACAACGAGAAAGAGAAAGAGAACGAGAAAGAGAAAGAGAGCGAGAAAGAGAAAUAAGAGAAAGAGAAAUAAGAGAAACAUUACGAGCAAGUAGUCCUUCCCCUGAAAACCUUGUUGGGUCAUCAAGAGGAGAUUGUCUUAUAGAUAUCCCACGAUCAUCUCCAAGUAUAACAAGGUACCACAGUGAUCAUGACCAUGGAUCUUCCAGCCCAAAUAAACCAUUAUCAGGAAUUGGCCGCCCCGAUGAGAACAGCAGUGAUGUUAAUCAUCAGUCAGAUGAUGAGUGUGACGACAGAAGUAUAAGUGAUCGAACAUCCCAUGACCACCCAGACACUCCUGGGCCAUCAACAUCUCGUUUACUACCGGAGGAUGCUCCACAUACACCCAGUUACCUUGGCUGGCCAUAUCCACCAGACACGUCUGCCAGCGAUGAAUCUUUUCCUUCCUUAGAAAGCACCAAUCAAGGCUUGCUGCUCUGUGAGGGCUGGCUGGCAACGGGUCUCUGGGGAGGGCGAGGGCGUGGUGUGGGUCGUGCUGUUGAAGCUGCUGAAGCUGCAAGCAGUGCAGGCAAUGCCAUGACACACUCCUGCCCAAAAUGUGGUCGCACCUACACUUUACGCUCCAACCUUUCCCGCCAUAUGCGUUUGGAGUGUGGGGUAGAACGCCGGUACAGCUGUGCCUACUGCCACAAGCGCUUUAGCCAUGCUCACCAUUUGCGCUCACAUGAGAGGUCCAUACAUGCCCAUGCCACUGUCAGUACUGCAGCAGCCGCGCCCACUGUAACCGCCACACCAGCCCAGUCAUCAUGACCUCUUGUGGCAACCCACACCUGCAAGACCCCACAACCCCACAAGGGACAGAUGCAGCAGGGAGGAGCACUGGAGAGUGUGGUAGGCCUGGGGGCUGGUCCCACCCCUCACCCACUGCAAUAAAUACCAUAAUGUAUAGUCACGUCAGUAAAGAUGACUAACAUAUCAGUGUAUAGGAUCUUGCAUUUCUGAGCCAAACUGGAAAACGAGUGCAAUAUAAUGUUUCAGAAGGUAAUAACUAAUGAGCCAUCUCUGUUGUGUUAACCAGCCCCAUUGGCUCUCAGGUGUUCAAAAAAAAAUGUGUAACGCACUUAGCCAAUUUAUGAGGCGACAAGCAGUGGCCAUCCUUUUAACAAAUAAAAUUUUAUUUAGUAACUGAAAUUGUAGUCGAGAUUGUUAGCAUCAAAGCGGUAUCAUUAACCAUCCGAGAUAUUUAUCAUUAGCAAAAAUGAGUUCUUCAGUUUCCAAGGAUACAACACUAGGACAGGCAAUGGAGUGAACAUAGGAUCAACAGUAAACAUCAAGAUAAUGUAAUAUUAUACAUGCUGUAAGUGCUUGUGUCAUGUCUAACAUCUGCAAAUUUCAACACUUGAAUACCUACUAGUGCAAAUACCAACAGCUUUUAUAGUGGAAACCAUGAAUAUUAAAGUAAACAAAUAUGUACAUGCUGUAAUUAUAAAUGUAAACUUCAGAACCACUAAUAUAAACAUGUCCUUUAUUAAUGAAGAUAGAAUGACAACUACCAGUGUAAACUAAACUAUCAAUGUAACCAUGAUGACUGCCAGUGAAAUAACUACAACAACCAAACAAUUACCUACUCGGAUAUAACGACCACUAGGGUUAACUUUAUGACGAUCUACCAAUGUAAACUCAAAUUACCAGUGUAAACACUAGUACAACUAUCAGUAUAAAUGUUCCAACAACUGUUGUUGCAAACAUGCCUACAGUUACCAAUGUAAACAAGUAUUACUAAAGUAUGGCUAUAACACCAGAAUUCAAGAACAGAGGUAAAAUUAAUAGAAGGCAACAAUUCCCAGUGUAAAUACGAUACCAAAUUCCAGUUAAUAUGACAACAGAUUCCAGCAUAAACAAUAUGACAGGUUCCAGUGUAAAUAUAAAAAAAGCUGUCAAUACCCAAGUGACUGUAUGUGUAAACAAGACAACAUCCUGCAUGCAAACAUGAUAUCAACUGUUAAUGUAAGACACGACAAUUGCUACCAAUAUAAACACAAUAGAUGAAAAUAAUGGCAGAUGAUAAUGAAAAAUGAUGGCAGAUAACAGUACCGUAUAAACACAAUAACAGAUACCAGUGUUAACAUGACAAAAAUGUUAAAUGUGAACACAAUAGCAUUUAUUUAUUUUAAAACAACAAUAGCUGGCAAUGUAUACUUGAUAGUAGCUGCCAGAGCAAACACAAUGAUAACUUCCAGUGCAAACAUGAUGAUAGCUGCCAAUGUAAAUAUGACAGUACUGUAACUGAUAAUGCAAAUACAGCAGUAACUGCUAGUGUAAACACAGUGUUUAGCUGGCAUUGCAAAUUCGACAUAGCUACCAGUGCAAACAUGGUGAUAGCUUGCAGUGUAAACACGAUGAUAGCUUCCAUAGCUUGUAAACACUAUGGUAGCUGCCAGUGAAAACUCUAUUGUACCUAUAGAAAACACCAUAGCUGCCAAUAGAAAUGCCAAUAUACAGCACUAUAGCUGCCAAUAGAAAACACCAUAGUUGCCAAUAGAAAUGCCAAUAGAAAACACCAUAGCUGCUAGUGCAAGCACGAGGAUUCGGUGGUGCUAGUAUAAACAAGACAUGCUUCCAGUGCCAACAUCACAACAGCUAUUGAUGAUGCAUGCAGGAUGAUAGCUGCCAGUGCAAACAUGACGAUGGCUUUCAGUGCAAACACAGUGAUAGCUUCCAGUGCAAACAUGACGGUAGUUGCCAAUGUAAACAUGACGGCAUUGGCCAAUACAAAUAUGAUGAUAGCCUGUAUGAAUACGACAAUAGCUUCCAGUGCAAAUGCCAUGGUAGCCCCCAGUGCAAACACAAUGGUAGCUGCCAGUGCAAAUAUAAUGGUUACUUGGUAACUGUCAGUGCAAUUGUGAAUGUGACAGUAGUGGCAAAGGCAAACAUGACAGUAGCUGCCACUACCAACACAACUGUGGCUGCCAGUGCAAAGGGGACGAUAGCUUCCAGUGCAAGCACGGCAGUAACUGCCAGUGGAAUCAUGAUGGUAGCUGUCAGUGCAAACAGCAUAAACACAACCGUAGCUGCUAAUGCAAAUACGAUGGCAGCUGCCAAUGUAAACAUGAGAAUAGCUGCCAGUGCUUUUUUUUCUAACAAAUUUUGAUGCACACAGCAAACCUAUGUGCUGCUACCCAUUCUAUAUGAAGGAUUGUAGAAUAUAGAUCAUGAGCUGGCCAAAUAACCUCACAGGGUGGCUAUACAUAGAAUCAGAGGAAAACAUGUGAUGCAAGUCUAGUUUACUAGACUGCAAUAGCAAACUCUAGGUAGAGCAUAAAAAUAUCUUCCAAUGUUCAUGAGUGAAUGAAUUAAUUACAGAGCUCAAAGUAUCUCAUGCAAACAAGACGAUAACUGCCAAUGCAAACAUGACAGUAGUCAACAACCGAAACACGACAAUUUCCAAUAAAAUCACUGUAGCAAUUAAUAAUAUAAACACAGUGACUUAUACCAUCAUAAACAUAAUGGUAGUUUCCACUGUAAACAAGACAUCACCUAGCAAUGUAAACACAACAUUGGUUAGGCGACUAGUACGGUACAGUAUAAGAAAAACUACGAGAGUAAAUAUAACUGCUAAAUAAAAACUGUUAUCAGGUUUUAGAAGACUACAGCUAUAAGCACACUGAUGAUGACAGCUAUCAACAAAAAUGCGAGUUUCCAGAGUAAACACGACAUUAUUACGGGUCGUGUUAGUAAUAAAUUUCCUGAAGACUCUUCUGUAAUGUAACAAAUAUAACUCAGGCUCCCUUUUGUGAAUAUUUUUAAAGAUUUUUUGCACGCUAACAUUCAAAUGUUUUGCACGAGUAGGUUAGGCUAAUUUAUCAUUGUAUUUUAAUAUAACUGAUCACUACUAAAUCUUUUGAUAUACUGUAUCAUUGUGCCAAAGAAAUUAUACUUAAUGCAAUUUUUGUAUCCAUAGUUUUCUAGUACUACAUUGUUUUUAAGAUAUUUUUGUGUGCAAAUGAUGUUUUCAUAUCUGGUAUGUUCCUAUGACUUACUGUUAGUGCAUUGAGGAUGGACCCAGCCUUUGGAAAAAAUGAUCAAAUAUUUUGUUUUACCCUGUUGAGAUGUGUCAUGUACAUUUAUUACUGUACAGUACUUGUAAAGGAUGAGUGUACGAGUGUUUGUGUAUUUUAUCCACAGGUUUGCCUUUAGAGUAUAUGAUUUCACUCACGAACUAAACUAAAGAGUAUAUGAUACAAGACAAGUGGAAAAAUAUCUGCCUCUUAGUGUUUCAAUCAUGGGUGAUACAAGAGUGUCGUAUUGUAUACAAUACCAGAAUGAUGUAUUGUCUACAAUACAAGAGUGACGUACUGUGUACAAGAGUGGCAUACUGAUUACAAAACAAGAGUGACAUACUGUAUACAAGAGUGAUGCAUUGUGUACAAUAAUGACAUUGUUUCAACCAAGAGUGACACAUUGAGUACAAAAGUGAUGCAUUGUGUACAAGAAUAAUGUAUUGUCUACAACACAAGAAUGAUAUACUGCAUACAAGAGUGACAUACUGUAUUUACAAUACUGUGCAACUAAAGUUAUGAGAAUGUAAAAAUAUGCUGAAUAUGGUACAAUAUGUUUGGUUAUAUAGGUAUGCUUUAUGUUAUACAUUAACCCCUCAAACUUUUCUCAUGGUCACCCAAUGAGACCUGCUUCAGUGGUCACCCAGUAAAACCUGCUUCACUGGUCACCCACUGAAACCUGCCUCUGCUAGUAGUCACUCACCGAGACCUGCCUCACUGGUCACUCACUGAAACCUGCCUAACUGGUCAUUCACCGAGACUUACCUCACUGGUUACUCAUCAAGAUUUACUUUUGGUACCUCACAGACCCCACUUCACAGGUCAUAAACUUUGACCUGCUUCACUAGUCACUCACCGAGACCUGCCUCACUGGUCACUAACUGAGGAUUGCCUCACUGGUGACUAUUUGUGACCUGCUUCACUGGUCACUUCCUGUGGCCUCACUGGUCACUGAUACCUGCCUCACUGAUCACUCAUUGUGACCUGCCUCACUAGUUACUUAUUGAGACACCUUUGGUACCUCACUGAGACCUGUCUCAAAUGUCAUAAACUGAGACAUGCCUCACUGAUCACUGAGACAUGUCUGACUGGUCCUUGAGGGGUGCCUCACUGGUCACUAACUAUGGCCUACUUCAAUGGUCACCUACUGUGACCUGCCUCACUGGUCAUUAACAGACAUGCCUCAAUGGUCACUAAAAACUUGUUGUUGUUGUUGUUGUUUUAGAUUCAGCUACUUGGGACAAAAAGUUCUAAGUAGCAGAGACUAUGGUGAGCCCGUAGUGGACUUAGCUGGCACAGGAGCGGGGCUGUAUUAUGUACUAAAAAUCUGCCUCAUUGGUUAUUGCUUGGACUAAUUGUGUAUCUUGAAUGAUUGUAUUUUUCAGAGGAGAUUAAGCUAUGCAAAAAUACAGUUGUAAAUGUAUGCACAAUACCAGGAUGAUGAUGGAUGCAUACAGUAUUCAGAGUAUGAUCAACGGAGAGGAUAGUACCAGUAUAUGUGGUCACAGUAAUUCAGUAUUACACCUACUUACAUAUUUAAGAGUUUGAAUGUAUUUAUUAGGAUGGACUCAUUAAAUUAGGUUAGGUUAACUAGGAUAAAAGUUCUCAGGUUAGCUUACAAAGUGUAGCAGCAGUGAACAUUAUACAUGAUGUCAAUUAAAUGCUUUUGUGUUGUUUAUGGGGUCAUGUUCAUGUUUUUUGCAUUCUGUGCAGCCUUAAUAAUUCCCACGAUACAUUGCUGUCUUAUGUUUGACUGUAUCCAAAUAGCACAGCACCCCCCCCAUGUGUCCAUAUUGGCUGAUGAACCUAACAUAACCUUAUUAUAAACAAUUAAUCUUUUAUAUUUUAUUCAUUAGUGUCUUAUUGGCCUUUUAUAUUGCAAAUAACAUUAGGUUGCUGCCUGUAGUGUGAUUGAGCUAUAAAAUAUAGAUCCUGGGUCCAUCCAUGCACAGAAUAAUCACUUGAGUGGUGUAUUGUUGGUUGUGAAAUCUAGAUGUACAUAACAUUAUUCUAGUCACGAGAGCUUUAACUAUUAUAUGUUUGUGUGAUGCUGAGUGAGCAAGAUGAAUUCUAGUGCCAAUGUGUACUCUAAAUAUUGCCAUUUUCGAGAGUCUAUUGUUGCAACUUCUCUUGCGAGAGUUGGUAGCAUGGCCAGGAAAAAAUAUGCCACUGAUAUACACAGGAUCAUACACAGACCAGUGGAGGUUCAGUCAUGCAGGACCAUACAUUGACCAGUGGAGGUUCAGUCAUGCAGGACCAUACACAGACCAGUGGAGGUUCAGUCAUGCAGGACCAUGCAAAGACCAGUAGAGGUUUAGUCAUGCAGGACCAUACACAGACCAGUGGAGGUUCAGUCAUGCAGGACCAUACACAGAUCAGUGGAGGUUCAGUCAUGCAGGACCAUACACAGACCAGUGGAGGUUUAGUCAUGCAGGACCAUACACAGACCAGUGGAGGUUUAGUCAUGCAGGACCAUACACAGACCAGUGGAGGUUUAGUCAUGCAGGACAAUACACAUACCAGUGGAGGUUCAGUCAUGCAGGACUAUACACAGAUUAUGAACAUUCAGCCAUACAGGACCAUACACAGACCCUUCAAAACUUGAAAUGAAGUAUGACACAACAAUAUUAACACAUGUAUUAUGUUGACCAAACCUGAAAAACAAUGUGUCAGCUUACUUGCAUUUUAAAUGAUGUCCCUGUUUCUGAGCUGAUCAGGUCUGUUAAACAAUCCAUAUAUUUUGUUCAACGAGUUCUUACAUAUACGUUUCUCUACUGGUCAUGGUACAUAUAUGACAGAUCCAGAGUCAUGUGUGCUGCUCUCAGGUUGUAUUUAAACAAACUUUGCUGUCUUUCCUAAUGAGCUAAUUACCAGUAUUGAAGGUUACAAUAAUAAAUACCUAGCAAUAUUUAGAGGACAGUCUCCCCCAGUUUUUAAUCAUUCUUGCAUCAUUCCCAUUGUUCGGUCACAAUCAAUGCUUAGGGAUGGGACUGAGACAGCGUGCUGGUGCGUCGAGGUCAGCAUCACCCAUACCCCAGAGGGACAGUGUGUUACCUGCAUUCUUUGAUGGCUUUCCCUCAACCUUCUGUGAUGACAUUUUUCAUGAAUUUAACUUACAAACAUCUACUAAGAAUUUUAUUGACUUCUUAUUAGAGAUGAAGACACAGUUGUCACUAUACAGUAUUUGUGGUUAGAACCACAACAAUGUUGACUUUUCAGAUUUUGUCGCUAAUGUGUUACUUCUAUUUUAAUAAAUAUUUCACAAUUCUUAGGA